AUAACCACGGGGGUGAGCACGAGCCACCCUUUCUUUCGUUUCAAAUUUUCAAACAAUCGCUCCCUCGAAGUCCUUAGAAAACUAAUGCGGCCUACCGCGUCGUCGAUUCGCUCGACCUUAUCGAUCACAGUGGACGCCUUCGCUCCCAAAAUAUAUCCAGUGAAGGGGUGAAAAUUUGGAGAAAAAAAAAAAAAAAAUUAAAAAAAAAACGUCGGGGAAGAUUGUCAAAAAUCGUCAGAAUAAUUGUGCUACUUUUUUUUGGACCGUCACGUGCGACGAACUGGUUGAUUUCAGUGAGAAGCGGUUACGCUCUUCAACUGCGGUCAUCGAAGUCCCAUCCGCGAGGGGUGGAAAUAAUGAGGGAACCGGAGAGGGAGAAAUCGUGCGCGAUACCGAAGGCUAUGCUUAAACUUCCGCUGAGAUGUUAGACGGCAAAAGUUCCCAACGUACGAAAUACCGAGUAAAACGAUGCCGGACAAAAUGUGUCUGAAGCUUUUGGUGCACGAGAGGAAUCUUACGUAACCGAACCCCGAACAAAAGUAGACAACAAAACAAACCAACUCGCACAAUCCGCAACCUGGUCCGAGAAGAUAAAAGUACUCCAAUACCGGCGCUGCACCUUCGGAAUAUAAGUUCGCUAUGGCGACUCUGGCCACGGAAACUCUACCGACAUCCGUUAUAGGGGAGUUGACGACAAAUCUUGUGCCAACGGUGACCAGGGUGGACACAAAACUCGACACCAGCCCAGCUGCUGUUAUAUUGGCCGUCUCAGUCGUAUUUAUUUUAUCUCCACUGACCGUUAGCGGAAAUUCCAUCAUUCUGGCAGCCUUCUACAGGUACAAGAGACUCAGAACGGCGUCCAACUGCCUCCUCGCCUCCCUGGCCGUCAGCGAUUUUGGCGUGGGAGUUUUCAUGCCGUUUGGUAUGCACCUUGAGUUAUCGGGGCUUCCGGAGAACGGAGUAUCGUCGCUGUGCAUCGCGCCGUACUGCAUAGUGAUAACUUUAUGCAGUGUGAGCGUCCUGGUAACGGUUGCAAUCGCGGUGGACCGACUGACUUCCCUGGCACAACCGCUGCGCUACAAGAACAUCAUAACGCACAGCAGCAUAGAAAAGUACAUCGCCGCCUUUUGGGUGUACGCAAUAGCGGUGGGCCUGUCACCUCUGAUAUACGCGGAAAUAACGGGGACGACGCAGCCACACAACGGGAGCUGUCGAUUCAGCGCGGCGGUUUCUCCGCCGGUUCGAGUUUUCCUAGUGGUGGCGGUAUGGGCGCCAAGUGCCCUCGUACUCUUGGGGUGUUACAUGUACGUUUACCUAGUCGCCAGAUCUCAUGCCAGAGCUAUCUACACCGUGGAGUUAUCAUUUCGACAUCAAACGCAGACUUUGGCUUUGCCGAGAUACGGGCAGACAUUGGCCCUGACGGUGGGCGCCUUCCUCGUCCUCUGGUUACCGUUCCAGACCUGUAUGCUCCUCGACAUCUUCUGCGGAACGAAGAUACUCUCCGAAUGGACCGUAAUUUGGCUGGGUCUUCCAAUUUUGGCUCACAGCGCCGCGAAUCCUUGGAUCUACGCGUUUCACCACGGAGAGAUGCGUGUGGCAGCCGGAAAAAUAGCCGAAGACUUAUUCGCUCUGGUCGGAGUGACGCCGAGUCGCUACGGCUGCUCUCCUAUGAGAAGAGGCUCGAAUACGAACCUGGAGUUAGCCGAAGUGAUAAACAGCAACGACGGGCGCAGACCGAGGCCGGAAGACUGUUUUGCAGCUAAGCACCAUAAUCUUUGCGCGAGCCGGAAGUGCCUGGAGAUGCCCAGCAAAAUAGCGGACAUAUCGCCGGAAAGAGACGCAGCUGGUGUAAGCUCGUCGUCGGAUGGAAGGGACGAGGACAUAGUGGAGGAAAAUAUCCACGAUCUGACGAAAAUGCUGGACCCGAAGUACAUAGUUGACAGAAAUCACGUGAUAGACUCGAAUCACAACAUCGACAGGAUAAAGAGUCUCAAGUACUUGCUGGAUCCGACGUUCAACAAAAUAAGGCACCUGCGUAGAUUGAAUCACAAGAAAUUCAGCGGUAAAAAUUUUCAAAAAUUUCACGACCCAAAGUUCAUCUCUUACCAAAAUCUGAAGAGCGACGGUACUCUGAACGCGAAAUUACUUCAGCUGAACACGAUGUCCGAUCCCAUUCUGAACGCUGACAGCCCUGCGGUCGAGAGCCAAGAUUUCAACCAGUCCCUGUGUCGACCGAAUCUUUGUCAACGGAGGAAUUCGAACUUGGCUUCUAUUUCGGACCCUAACAUAAAGGCGGGGGCAGCCGGGAAUGCCGCGGACGUGAAUCUGCGCGUUUUUCCAGCUGCUUGUAGGAUAAACGGAGCAGUUCAAAAUCACAGAUACUCCGUGCAGAAUUUGGACCAUAACAAAUUCGAACAAGCGACACAUGUGACGAGACACGUCGCACAGUGUAGACAAAUUCUCGAGAACCAAAGGCGACAGAACGGCUACGUACGUCCGCAUCUGGUAAUUCAUAGACAAGCGGAUUCCGUUAGUCCGCUCUUGGACCUGCGGUUUCAAAGCUGCGCACCACCCUCCACCCUGACGGAUUCGCUGCCGGACGAGGGGAGAGCCGCAACCACCGCGCGGCUCAGUUUCCAACAGAAAUUGUCACCUAGAAAAAUGACCAUCACAACGAACAAACUAGCCGGUUUUUACCACCCCCCUGAGACUCUGAGGACCUCGAGGAACGUCGAGCCCAGAAUGGAUCCGACCAUGCGUCUUCUUCAGGCGAGACGAAAACUGGAGAUACUCAAACACUCCGAGUCGAUAAACACCAUCGAGCCCAUGUCCCACGUCAGGCUACUCGAACCUUCGAGAAUGCUGAAUACCUUGACAGUUCCUACGAUCCAUUCGGAACCUCCGAGUCCGAUAGAACCAAUGCCGUUGGAUUCACUCAAGGAGGAAGAAUGCGUGAAAUGUUUCGAUUCUCGCGAAUCCUUCGAUAAAAAAUCCGUCGCAUCUCCGAGAACGGACGUUACCAUCUGCAGACACGUGAGAAGUCCGACGCGUCAUUCGGAUCCCAUUAUUCCAUCCGUUUUACUGAACUUCGAAGACUGCAGCGACAUUCGUCCGUCGAAUCGCAACGACGAAUCCCAUUGUAAAAACGGAUGCUGGGACGAUCAUUUGGACAUAUUCGAAGGCAAGAGGGUACCAGUUGUGGAUGCAGAAAAAUUCACAGAAUCUGGUGGUGGUAAAACUAAAGUACCGGAACCAGUAUUUUCCGAACACAGUUCCACCAGGCAUAACUCCAGGAGACCCUCGGAUUCCAGGUGGUCCGAAUCUUCCAGGAGCCAAGAGAUCCUGUCCAACGUUACCGAGCACAGGAGAUUCCCCUCGUCGUACUCGGUGAAUAAUUUUCAGAACUGCAACAGCGGAAGCGAUCUGAACGACGUGACGUGCUUGGAUCCUUUCAUGUGCCCCGAAGCCCUCAGCUCGUCGCUCCAGGAAUCAUUCUUCAGUGCCGAACCUUCGGUACCCGACUCUGAUAUAUUCGCCUCGUUCGACGAAACGGAUGAGAUGGUCCUCACUCCGGAUGGAGAAUACCGCAGACUUCCAGCCUGCGUCGCGUCAUCCGCUUCGACGACGAAUUUGAAAAAAGCCAACCGAUUGGAAAACGAAAAUCAGAGCAGGUCGACGGAGUCUGUUUGCAGGGCAAAUCUGUUGGCGGAGUCCUGCGCGAUGCUGUGCGUCGAACCCUCGAUACUCAGGCUAGAGCCUUCCAUACACCGUAGCAGGCCUCACAUACGACCUGGCAAGGAUUACAUCCUGAAGGACCCCUCGAGAAGAGCGCUAAGAUUAGCGCCUCUGGCUAUACCCACCCCAACGGACAUUACAACACCGACUUUGGACACGGUUUCUGAAAUAACGGCGACUACGGCAGAGUUAACGUUGACGCCCGGGCCCAACUGUUGCUGAAGUGGAUUAAUUACGUAGAUAAUUACAAUGUUUGACAAUAAAAAUGAUUAUUCUUCACCUAAUUCAAAGACAAAUACUCUGAAACUCAAUUAUUCGUCAUAUUCAAACGAAACUAUACGCAUCUCAAACUCAACUGACAAGUAAACUAAUCGAAUACAGCUAUGGUUUGUUCUAUACAUGUAGGUACAAUGCAGCGUAAGAAUAUUCUGCGUACCAGUUAAUCCAAAGUUUUGUUCUCUUCUAUUACUCAAAUAGUAGCUGAACGUUGGCGUUACAAAUCAGACGAACGAAAGUAUGAACACAUUCGAAUAUAGGGAGAAAUGAAGUAAAAAUUCGCGAACACUUAUGAGCUUUACUCAAUUAUAGAAUGCUACUUAUUAGAUGUAGUACCCAAAUGAUUAUUCAUUGAAGAUCGCUCGUAUUUGAAUGAGGACGAAAAUUUUGUAUAAACAAACUAAACCAUUGUUACGUGUAAAUUAUAGUAUAUCCAUCGAUAUAGCUCGAGUCAAUUUACGAGGGAGCGUGUAAAUAGCCGAUUGUGAAUUUUUAUCAGUGACGUUGCGUGCAAUGCGAUGAACGUUACGACCCAGUGAAGUUGGACUGUGAUAGAAUAACGUGUCCUUAGUGUAACCAUAUGGAUGCAAAUUUGUUCGAAAUACGAUAAACGCUAAGAUUGAGUUCAAUUAAGCUUACUAGCUCUUAGGAUAGUAUAAAAACUUGGCCAAACGCUCGAAUUAAACAAAUUGGAUUUGAAGACGAAAAAUGAAAAAUGUACUAUAUCUAUAUAGAUUAUUAUUGCACUGGCUAAUAGCUCUGAUCUUUAUUGAAAUUAGUAAGUUUGUCCCGAGGUUUAUUCCCAGUGCAAGAGGUACUCGAACUAUUGGUUGCAAAUAACGACCGUGUUAAAUAAGGUAAUUUGUAUUUAAAAUAUAUUAUUACUAUUAAUAAUUUUUUAAUGGUUAAAUUUCAUUGAUUUGAAAAAUAUUACAGUAUUUUAAUAUGUAUAAAUAUAAAUAUAUUAUGUAUUAUUGUAUGUGUGAGUGUACUGAAGGUGCAGGCCAUUCAACUUGAAAUCAAUAACCUACUAUCUAGCUCGACUGUUUUUGGUAACAAAAAGGAAUCCGCCUUGAGGAAUAUUAUUGCACAAGCGAAGUCACGCAAUAAUUAUCUUCACUAAACGCUCGGCUACGAAUGGGAGAAGUUAUUUGAAAGGCUCUAACUCUAAUUGUAAGCUGCGAAACGCAUAAGCUGCCAAAUGUACAGACAGUUCCGUAACUGAUAAAUAAAAACUAUUACAAGCCCUUCUACCCGUUCUAUUCGCAUCGAUUAUCGAUUACGUUCCUGUAUGGAUGUCCAAAUUCGGUCCUGCUACCUGGAAGACCUGAAACAUACAGCAGUAGAAAUAACUAAAAUAAAAA